UAAAUGACCAGAGAGCAGGGAGUUCUGCAGAGACGUCUGGAGCGCCUCUCUACGUCAGCUGAAAAGCAAUAAGCAGUACGACGGUGGACGUGCACACCAGACCCCAAGUGAAAUGGAGAAAACAGCUGUAGACAGCUCCUCGUCAAAAACAGCCAUCAGAACAACAAUUACUGAGGUGACUAUCUUCCAGGGAAUCAGAAAAGAUGUCACGGCUUCAGAGCUGUUACAAUCAAAAAUCAUUGACGAGAACACCUUCAAAGACCUCUCUGCUGGAAAGCUCACAGUGACUGAAAUUAGUGAAAAGGACUCUGUGCGCAAAUACCUCGAGGGCACCAACAGCAUCGCUGGAGUGUACCUUCAGGCCACAAAAGAGACACUCAGUAUUCAAGAGGCAAAGAGCCGAGGCCUGCUGACACCUGGGACCUCACUGGUUCUGCUGGAGGCCCAAGCGGCUACAGGCUUUGUCAUUGACCCAGUCAAGAACAAGAAGCUCUCAGUGGAGGAAGCUGUAGCUCAAGGAGUGGUUGGAAAGGAAUGGAAGAGCAAGCUGCUCUCGGCUGAGAGAGCAGUCACGGGAUACAAAGAUCCCUACACUGGAGACACAAUUUCCUUGUUCCAGGCUCUAAAGAAGGAUCUCAUUGUGAAAGAUCAUGGCAUUCGUCUACUUGAGGCACAAAUCGCCACAGGAGGCAUUAUUGAUCCAGUCUACAGUCACAGAGUCCCUGUUCAAGUGGCGUACGAAAGAGGCUACUUUGAUGAAGAAAUGAACCAGAUACUCUCUGACCCUGAUGAUGACACAAAAGGCUUCUUUGAUCCCAACACCCAAGAGAACCUCACCUAUCUCCAGCUGAUUGAACGGUGCACUACGGAUCCCGUCACAGGGCUCAGCUUAUUGGUCAUUGUAAAGAAAGGAGAGUUCUAUUUCUUUGUUGAUGAGGCAACAAAGCUCAUUCUGAAGUCCACUACAACAACAAAAGCUGGAGGAAAGUACAGGGGAACCACAGUGUCUCUGUGGGAUCUGCUCUACUCCAAAUAUAUCACUGAAGAAAAGAGGAGAGAGUUUGUCCAACAGUACAAGACGGGAACCAUCACAAUCAAACAAUUUAUGGACAGUGUCCUGAAAAUUGUGGAGGAGCAGACCGCAAGUCGAAUUGAGAAAACAGCUGUAGACAGCUCCUUGUCAAAUACAUCCAUCAGAACAACAAUUACUGAGGUGACUACCUUCCAGGGAAUCAGAAAAGAUGUCACGGCUUCAGAGCUGUUACAAUCAAAAAUCAUUGACGAGAACACCUUCAAAGACCUCUCUGCUGGAAAGCUCACAGUGGCUGAAAUUAGUGAAAAGGACUCUGUGCGCAAAUACCUCGAGGGCACCAACAGCAUCGCUGGAGUGUACCUUCAGGCCACAAAAGAGACACUCAGUAUUCAAGAGGCAAAGAGCCGAGGCCUGCUGACACCUGGGACUUCACUGGUUCUGCUGGAGGCCCAAGCGGCUACAGGCUUUGUCAUUGACCCAGUCAAGAACAAGAAGCUCUCAGUGGAGGAAGCUGUAGCUCAAGGAGUGGUUGGAAAGGAAUGGAAGAGCAAGCUGCUCUCGGCUGAGAGAGCAGUCACGGGAUACAAAGAUCCCUACACUGGAGACACAAUUUCCUUGUUCCAGGCUCUAAAGAAGGAUCUCAUUGUGAAAGAUCAUGGCAUUCGUCUACUUGAGGCACAAAUCGCCACAGGAGGCAUUAUUGAUCCAGUCUACAGUCACAGAGUCCCUGUUCAAGUGGCGUACGAAAGAGGCUACUUUGAUGAAGAAAUGAACCAAAUACUCUCUGACCCUGAUGAUGACACAAAGGGCUUCUUUGAUCCCAACACCCAAGAGAACCUCACCUAUCUCCAGCUGAUUGAACGGUGCACUACGGAUCCCGUCACAGGGGUCAGCUUAUUGGUCAUUGUAAAGAAAGGAGAGUUCUAUUUCUUUGUUGAUGAGGCAACAAAGCUCAUUCUGAAGUCCACUACAACAACAAAAGCUGGAGGGAAGUACAGGGGAACCACAGUGUCUCUGUGGGAUCUGCUCUACUCCAAAUAUAUCACUGAAGAAAAGAGGAGAGAGCUUGUCCAACAGUACAAGACAGGAACCAUCACAAUCAAACAAUUUAUGGACAGUGUCCUGAAAAUUGUGGAGGAGCAGACCACAAGUCGAAUUGAGAAAACAGCUGUAGACAGCUCCUCGUCAAAUACAUCCAUCAGAACAACAAUUACUGAGGUGACUACCUUCCAGGGAAUCAGAAAAGAUGUCACGGCUUCAGAGCUGUUACAAUCAAAAAUCAUUGACGAGAACACCUUCAAAGACCUCUCUGCUGGAAAGCUCACAGUGGCUGAAAUUAGUGAAAAGGACUCUGUGCGCAAAUACCUCGAGGGCACCAACAGCAUCGCUGGAGUGUACCUUCAGGCCACAAAAGAGACACUCAGUAUUCAAGAGGCAAAGAGCCGAGGCCUGCUGAAACCUGGGACCUCACUGGUUCUGCUGGAGGCCCAAGCGGCUACAGGCUUUGUCAUUGACCCAGUCAAGAACAAGAAGCACUCAGUGGAGGAAGCUGUAGCUCAAGGAGUGGUUGGAAAGGAAUGGAAGAGCAAGCUGCUCUCGGCUGAGAGAGCAGUCACGGGAUACAAAGAUCCCUACACUGGAGACACAAUUUCAUUGUUCCAGGCUCUAAAGAAGGAUCUCAUUGUGAAAGAUCAUGGCAUUCGUCUACUUGAGGCACAAAUCGCCACAGGAGGCAUUAUUGAUCCAGUCUACAGUCACAGAGUCCCUGUUCAAGUGGCGUACGAAAGAGGCUACUUUGAUGAAGAAAUGAACCAGAUACUCUCUGACCCUGAUGAUGACACAAAAGGCUUCUUUGAUCCCAACACCCAAGAGAACCUCACCUAUCUCCAGCUGAUUGAACGGUGCACUACGGAUCCCGUCACAGGGCUCAGCUUAUUGGUCAUUGUAAAGAAAGGAGAGUUCUAUUUCUUUGUUGAUGAGGCAACAAAGCUCAUUCUGAAGUCCACUACAACAACAAAAGCUGGAGGGAAGUACAGGGGAACCACAGUGUCUCUGUGGGAUCUGCUCUACUCCAAAUAUAUCACUGAAGAAAAGAGGAGAGAGCUUGUCCAACAGUACAAGACGGGAACCAUCACAAUCAAACAAUUUAUGGACAGUGUCCUGAAAAUUGUGGAGGAGCAGACCGCAAGUCGAAUUGAGAAAACAGCUGUAGACAGCUCCUCGUCAAAUACAUCCAUCAGAACAACAAUUACUGAGGUGACUACCUUCCAGGGAAUCAGAAAAGAUGUCACGGCUUCAGAGCUGUUACAAUCAAAAAUCAUUGACGAGAACACCUUCAAAGACCUCUCUGCUGGAAAGCUCACAGUGGCUGAAAUUAGUGAAAAGGACUCUGUGCGCAAAUACCUCGAGGGCACCAACAGCAUCGCUGGAGUGUACCUUCAGGCCACAAAAGAGACACUCAGUAUUCAAGAGGCAAAGAGCCGAGGCCUGCUGAAACCUGGGACCUCACUGGUUCUGCUGGAGGCCCAAGCGGCUACAGGCUUUGUCAUUGACCCAGUCAAGAACAAGAAGCACUCAGUGGAGGAAGCUGUAGCUCAAGGAGUGGUUGGAAAGGAAUGGAAGAGCAAGCUGCUCUCGGCUGAGAGAGCAGUCACGGGAUACAAAGAUCCCUACACUGGAGACACAAUUUCAUUGUUCCAGGCUCUAAAGAAGGAUCUCAUUGUGAAAGAUCAUGGCAUUCGUCUACUUGAGGCACAAAUCGCCACAGGAGGCAUUAUUGAUCCAGUCUACAGUCACAGAGUCCCUGUUCAAGUGGCGUACGAAAGAGGCUACUUUGAUGAAGAAAUGAACCAGAUACUCUCUGACCCUGAUGAUGACACAAAAGGCUUCUUUGAUCCCAACACCCAAGAGAACCUCACCUAUCUCCAGCUGAUUGAACGGUGCACUACGGAUCCCGUCACAGGGCUCAGCUUAUUGGUCAUUGUAAAGAAAGGAGAGUUCUAUUUCUUUGUUGAUGAGGCAACAAAGCUCAUUCUGAAGUCCACUACAACAACAAAAGCUGGAGGGAAGUACAGGGGAACCACAGUGUCUCUGUGGGAUCUGCUCUACUCCAAAUAUAUCACUGAAGAAAAGAGGAGAGAGCUUGUCCAACAGUACAAGACAGGAACCAUCACAAUCAAACAAUUUAUGGACAGUGUCCUGAAAAUUGUGGAGGAGCAGACCGCAAGUCGAAUUGAGAAAACAGCUGUAGACAGCUCCUCGUCAAAUACAUCCAUCAGAACAACAAUUACUGAGGUGACUACCUUCCAGGGAAUCAGAAAAGAUGUCACGGCUUCAGAGCUGUUACAAUCAAAAAUCAUUGACGAGAACACCUUCAAAGACCUCUCUGCUGGAAAGCUCACAGUGGCUGAAAUUAGUGAAAAGGACUCUGUGCGCAAAUACCUCGAGGGCACCAACAGCAUCGCUGGAGUGUACCUUCAGGCCACAAAAGAGACACUCAGUAUUCAAGAGGCAAAGAGCCGAGGCCUGCUGACACCUGGGACCUCACUGGUUCUGCUGGAGGCCCAAGCGGCUACAGGCUUUGUCAUUGACCCAGUCAAGAACAAGAAGCUCUCAGUGGAGGAAGCUGUAGCUCAAGGAGUGGUUGGAAAGGAAUGGAAGAGCAAGCUGCUCUCGGCUGAGAGAGCAGUCACGGGAUACAAAGAUCCCUACACUGGAGACACCAUUUCCUUGUUCCAGGCUCUAAAGAAGGAUCUCAUUGUGAAAGAUCAUGGCAUUCGUCUACUUGAGGCACAAAUCGCCACAGGAGGUAUUAUUGAUCCAGUCUACAGUCACAGAGUCCCUGUUCAAGUGGCGUACGAAAGAGGCUACUUUGAUGAAGAAAUGAACCAGAUACUCUCUGACCCUGAUGAUGACACAAAAGGCUUCUUUGAUCCCAACACCCAAGAGAACCUCACCUAUCUCCAGCUGAUUGAACGAUGCACUACGGAUCCCGUCACAGGGCUCAGCUUAUUGGUCAUUGUAAAGAAAGGAGAGUUCUAUUUCUUUGUUGAUGAGGCAACAAAGCUCAUUCUGAAGUCCACUACAACAACAAAAGCUGGAGGGAAGUACAGGGGAACCACAGUGUCUCUGUGGGAUCUGCUCUACUCCAAAUAUAUCACUGAAGAAAAGAGGAGAGAGCUUGUCCAACAGUACAAGACAGGAACCAUCACAAUCAAACAAUUUAUGGACAGUGUCCUGAAAAUUGUGGAGGAGCAGACCGCAAGUCGAAUUGAGAAAACAGCUGUAGACAGCUCCUCGUCAAAUACAUCCAUCAGAACAACAAUUACUGAGGUGACUACCUUCCAGGGAAUCAGAAAAGAUGUCACGGCUUCAGAGCUGUUACAAUCAAAAAUCAUUGACGAGAACACCUUCAAAGACCUCUCUGCUGGAAAGCUCACAGUGGCUGAAAUUAGUGAAAAGGACUCUGUGCGCAAAUACCUCGAGGGCACCAACAGCAUCGCUGGAGUGUACCUUCAGGCCACAAAAGAGACACUCAGUAUUCAAGAGGCAAAGAGCCGAGGCCUGCUGACACCUGGGACCUCACUGGUUCUGCUGGAGGCCCAAGCGGCUACAGGCUUUGUCAUUGACCCAGUCAAGAACAAGAAGCUCUCAGUGGAGGAAGCUGUAGCUCAAGGAGUGGUUGGAAAGGAAUGGAAGAGCAAGCUGCUCUCGGCUGAGAGAGCAGUCACGGGAUACAAAGAUCCCUACACUGGAGACACCAUUUCCUUGUUCCAGGCUCUAAAGAAGGAUCUCAUUGUGAAAGAUCAUGGCAUUCGUCUACUUGAGGCACAAAUCGCCACAGGAGGCAUUAUUGAUCCAGUCUACAGUCACAGAGUCCCUGUUCAAGUGGCGUACGAAAGAGGCUACUUUGAUGAAGAAAUGAACCAGAUACUCUCUGACCCUGAUGAUGACACAAAAGGCUUCUUUGAUCCCAACACCCAAGAGAACCUCACCUAUCUCCAGCUGAUUGAACGGUGCACUACGGAUCCCGUCACAGGGCUCAGCUUAUUGGUCAUUGUAAAGAAAGGAGAGUUCUAUUUCUUUGUUGAUGAGGCAACAAAGCUCAUUCUGAAGUCCACUACAACAACAAAAGCUGGAGGGAAGUACAGGGGAACCACAGUGUCUCUGUGGGAUCUGCUCUACUCCAAAUAUAUCACUGAAGAAAAGAGGAGAGAGCUUGUCCAACAGUACAAGACAGGAACCAUCACAAUCAAACAAUUUAUGGACAGUGUCCUGAAAAUUGUGGAGGAGCAGACCACAAGUCGAAUUGAGAAAACAGCUGUAGACAGCUCCUCGUCAAAUACAUCCAUCAGAACAACAAUUACUGAGGUGACUACCUUCCAGGGAAUCAGAAAAGAUGUCACGGCUUCAGAGCUGUUACAAUCAAAAAUCAUUGACGAGAACACCUUCAAAGACCUCUCUGCUGGAAAGCUCACAGUGGCUGAAAUUAGUGAAAAGGACUCUGUGCGCAAAUACCUCAAGGGCACCAACAGCAUCGCUGGAGUGUACCUUCAGGCCACAAAAGAGACACUCAGUAUUCAAGAGGCAAAGAGCCGAGGCCUGCUGACACCUGGGACCUCUCUGGUUCUGCUGGAGGCCCAAGCGGCUACAGGCUUUGUCAUUGACCCAGUCAAGAACAAGAAGCUCUCAGUGGAGGAAGCUGUAGCUCAAGGAGUGGUUGGAAAGGAAUGGAAGAGCAAGCUGCUCUCGGCUGAGAGAGCAGUCACAGGAUACAAAGAUCCCUACACUGGAGACACAAUUUCUUUGUUCCAGGCUCUAAAGAAGGAUCUCAUUGUGAAAGAUCAUGGCAUUCGUCUACUUGAGGCUCAAAUUGCCACAGGAGGCAUUAUUGAUCCAGUCUACAGUCACAGAGUACCCAGUCAAGUGGCGUACGAAAGAGGCUACUUUGAUGAAGAAAUGAACCAGAUACUCUCUGACCCUGAUGAUGACACAAAAGGCUUCUUUGAUCCCAACACCCAAGAGAACCUCACCUAUCUCCAGCUGAUUGAGAGGUGCACUACAGAUCCCAUCACAGGUCUUUGCUUACUCCCGCUGGUAAAAUAAAUGUGAUCCAUUAAAUCCACAUCCACAGUUAGGCCAAUCUGAUGUUAGUAUAAGAAAUUGUAAAGUUUAUUUUAAGAAUUUCUUUUUAAAAAAGCGACAAAAGUGGUCACAUUUAUCCCCAAAAUUCAGAACUUGUUAAAAAUACUAACUGACACAAGGCCAGCAAUGGUAACACAAGGUUACAAAUUAUAUAUUGUUUUGCUCCCAAUACAUGUCCUGCAAUAGUAUCACUGUCUUAUGCAAAGUUUUUUUUAAAAUACAAAAUCAAACCCUGACUUUCCAUGUUUUAUUCUGAUCUUGUGCUUUUUUUUUAGUAAUCUGUGUCUUUAACAGUUCUAAACAUGAUAUGCAUUUUAGUAACAUUACUGGCUUAUUGAUGAUUAUUUGGUUACUUUGUUUAACUGUAGUAUCUGAAUAUGACACAUUUUCAUUUGAAGAUAUCGGCACUAAUAAGCAACUAACAAAACACCCUUUCUUAAAAAGAAAUGUGUAUAUUUUGUUGAAAUGCUUUCAUUUAUUAUCUUAAAAAACAACAAAGUUUUGGCAAAUUGUUUGGCGCCUUUGGACCCCUUUAGUUUCAUGUCACUAUUGAGUACCUAAAAAGGGAAUUAAAAAACAACUAUUUUGUGCAGUAGAUGCAACUUUUCCAAAAAUACUGUAUAUUUUCUUUUGCAGUAACUGUAAAUUUUCUUCUUCAACAAUAAAGAAAAUGAAAUCCUGUAUUAAUCUUUUGUUAUUACAAAUCUUUCUGAAAGACACAAAAUAGUCAUGAAUAUGGAGAGAGAGGUAUGAUGUGAUGCUAGACCUAUUCAAAUCCAGCAGACUUCUUUAUGACUAAAUAAAAAGAAAAACAAACUGUGUAUCAUUUAACUGUUGGUGUAUUCUUUUUGACCAUUUUUCAGUCUUGUUACAUUUAUUUUAUUAAACAGAAAUUUGAAGAAUAGUACUAAUUUUAAAGAAUAUAAAUUUCACCAGUGGCCAAAUUAUUAAAUGAAGAUAGACACUUUAGUGAUGCUAAAUUAACUAAUGUAUUUUCUUUUCAGGCUAAAAAAAAUCUUCGUUGGUAAUAAUACAGAAAUAUGUAAUAGCAAGUAAUUAUUUCAACUAUUGAAGCUUUUUUUUUUUUUUUUGCUCACAUCUUCAAAUUAAUCACAAUUUGCUCAUUUUUUAUAUUUUUUGACUUUGAAAUGCUUUAUUCACAUCUGUUUAAGCUGUAGUUUUUUGUUCAUAUUCCCAAAUAAACUGUGUAAACAU